AUGAACCGACUCUUCGGCUCAAAGAACCAGGCCCCCAAGCCAACCCUGGACUCCGCAAUCUCAAAUGUAGACAACCGCGUUGCCAGCAUCGACGUAAAACUCGCCGCUUUGAACUCCGAACUCUCCACCUACCAGUCCCGUAUCGCCAAAAUGCGCGACGGCCCCGGCAAAACCGCCCUUCGCCAAAAAGCACUCAAGGUGCUCCAGCGCCGCAAACAAUACGAGGCGCAACGCGACCAACUCUCGCAACAAUCCUGGAACAUGGAGCAGGCGAACAUGAUGCAGGACAAUCUCAAGAAUGUAAUGACCACUGUUGAUGCGAUGAAGACGACUACCAAGGCACUCAAGAAACAAUACGGGAAGAUUGAUAUUGAUAAGAUCGAGAGGAUGCAGGAUGAGAUGGCGGAUUUGAUGGAUAUUGGGAAUGAAAUCAAUGAAAGUAUUUCGAGGGCGUAUGAUAUUCCUGAGGAUGUGGAUGAGGCGGAAUUGGAUGCGGAGUUGGAAGCGUUGGGAGAAGAGAGCUUGUUUGAGAAUCCAAUGAUGGGGGAUGCAGAGGCUAUGCCGAGUUUCUUACAGGAUGAGGUUGCGCCGCCGACUUUUAUUGAUGAGCCCCCUGAGCAGGGAAAAGUCAAAGAGGCGGCUGGGGGUGUUGGUUAA